UUGUCUUAUGCUUGAGUAGGGAGCAGCUGGGGCCUAUAUUGUCUUAUGUCUGAGUGGGGAGCAGCUGGGGCCUAUAUUGUCUUAUGCCUGAGUGGGGAGCAGCUGGGGCCUGUAUUGCCUUAAGCCCCCCGUCUAAGUCUAUGCCCUGACGGCAGGCGGGCGGUAAGGGCGGGGGCGCGACGCAGGCGGCGGAGGAGGAGCUGCCGUCCAGCGAGGCGGGGGCGACGGUGCAGGAGCAGCUCAUGGCCAAGGCCCUCGCACGCGCCGCCAGGACCAUCACCCAACUCGAGCAGCUUUGUCAGGAGAAGAAGCCUAUCGUGGAGUGUCAGCUGCAGCUCCUGACGAGCGUGAGCGAACAGCUGACCGGCGUGCCUCUGCCUUACCCUCGCCUCUUCUACCAGUCACUCCAGCGCACCAACAUCUGCCUCAACAUCACGCCUCAGCCUCACAACUUCGGUGACUCCAUCACACUCCAGAAUUCGUCGCAGUUGUCAGUGAAGGUGGAAGGCGUGAUCAGUCACGGGCGGCAGGCGGGGCUCUUCAGAUCCAUCAAGACCGUACCUGUGGUGACGGUGGACGCGUCUGUGACAGACGAGGACGACGAGACGUGGCAGACGGGGCCUCGUCAGACGCUGCUAGUGAAGGCCCUCGAAGACCCGACUAACGCCAAGUCACAGGCCCUCGGGGCCCCUUGCACCUCCACGGCCCCGGCACCUGCCAGAGGCCCCGUUGUGGGCCCCCCUCAGCAGCAACUCACCGCCCUCCAUCAGAUGCCGCCGUCCCUGCCACAGCUUUCCUCGCCUUCAGGCUCGUCUCUCCUGCCCCCCGCCAUGCCGCCCCCCAACCUCCCCUACCAGACUACCCCCCCUCUGGGUAUGGUCAUUCAGCCCCAGCAAAUGCCCAUGCAGUACCACCAAGCCCCCCCGGGCACCAUCAUAAGCGCCUUCUCAAGACCUCCUCCUUAAGCGUGCGAUGAGCUCGCCUGUCUCGACAUCUCGUCAAGAAAAUGCAUGAGAGCCGAGUUACCAGGCUAUUGUACUUCAGUAUUGUAAUGAUAAUGUGGUAUUGUAAGCCUAUUACCAGGCUAUUGUGCUGCAGUAUUGUACUGAUAAUGUGGUACUGUAAGCCUAUUACCAGGCUAUUGUGCUGUAGUAUUGUAAUGAUAAGGUGGUACUGUAAGCCUGGCUAUUGUACUGCAUUAUUGUAAUGAGAAUAUAUGAAUUUAGUCUUUCUUUUUUUUAUGAUAGUGUUCACCCAUUGGA